GACUUUAUUUUGGAUUUAGCCACCCAGAUGAAACAACAGCAGUAAAAGAGCAUUUGGCUGGAAUGUUGUGGAUAUAUAUGGCAGGAUAAUCACAAUCUUUGCAACAUGAGAUAUGGAAAACUUGGAAUUGGUGAAACCCGACCAAGAAGGACCAUCAGCAGACACUGAUACUAGGAAUGCUCACAACUCUGUUGAUUAUAACAUAAGUAAUAACAGAAGCAGCCCUUCAUCCAACCCAAAUGGUGUCUCCAGUGUCUCGGGAAAAGUUGGUCCUUCUGUGAUUCCUGAGGAGGUUGGUUUGCCGGCUUCAUUUGUGCAAGAUGCUCAGAGAAAUGGUGACUCAGAAAUACUGAAGAAUUGUGAGACCAGGUGGCUACAGUUGUUCAGACUGGUGGAGAAACAAUGCCAAGAACAGAUAGUUGCCCAGCAAAAAGUAUUCUAUCAUCAAAUACAUCGCAUACAAAACGAAAUCAGACGCUUAGUGAAACUUCAGAACCAAAAUGUGUGCUCGUGUGCCCAGCGAGGCUCUUCGAUCAGACUUUCAGACAGUUUCUCUUCGUUAGAAAGUCAGAUGGGGUUGAAGUCUGAACUUUUUGAAGAAAAUGAGCUCUUUAACAGUCAGUUCAAACCCAACAAUGCUGAGAAUCGGGCAGAAGCUUCAGUCAUGCAUCAGGAGGGCCUUGCACACAGUGUUUCAGUAAGCAGCGGGUAUGGAACCUUGUCCGCUGCAGAACUGAGUCCUAGCAAAUGUAAUGACAUUCAGACAUGCAUGGAAAACACAGAGACAAUUACCAAACAAGAGAACGGUCCGGCACCAGCACCGGAGGAUUUAGUGGCGGCCAGCGUUCAGAACAAAAGGGAAUGCUCACAAACAACGAUAGAACGUUGUCCACCACUGAAGGAGAAUGACAGAGAAUUUCCUGCUCAACUUGGUCAUAAGAUUAGUGAAAGCCAACGUGGGGAUCCAAACUGUAAACCUUUGACAUCAUGGGCUCAAAAGUUAAAACAAAACCAAGUGAAAAAAACAAACAUGGAAGAAGAAGGUGUGCCGGGAAAAGAGCCAACAGUUGACAAUGCCAAUCCCGUUGCUGCUGCUGCGCCAUCACCUUCUCCGUUUUACCUCAAUCAGCAAAAUGGAAGCCAAAAUUCUUUAGUGUCUCUUUCUUCAGGGCUGACAUACUGGAAAUUAGACGAGAAGGAGAUGUAUCAGACUUUGCCUCGGAACUUAGGAAAUGAAUUCCCUGUAUUCUCAACAAAGGCAUCCUCAGAACAGCUGUCUUCCAGUAAUGAGUUGAAGCCUACGUCCUUAAAGGAUAUUUAUCAUAAGAAACAGCAGGAAGAUAAGGAACUUAUAGACUGGAACUUCUCCCCUCUGCACUCGACUCAUCCCCCAGAGAUCCUUACCCUGGACCCAACGCUCCAUAUGAAACCAGGUGAACCGAAUGCCGGACUGCAUUUGCACAGGUUCUACGAUAGCCCAGACAGAGUUUCAUUUUCUCCAGAUUCUAUGGCGGAUCCUGCUUUUUCUCUUAUUUCGGAUGCGGAUUCGUUUUCUCACGUGAGCACAGUUGUGUCACCUCGGUCUGCUGAGCUUCCAAAAUACGCCUCUCGUCCAGCAGCCUUGCACGUAGAUUCCUGGGGUAGUUGUGAGUUUCAGAAUGAAGCCAAUAUCACCAGCUCUCCCCAUCUGAGCAAUGAGAUCUUAGACAUGGAGGACGAAGACACCUCAACCCUCACGCCAUCUUCAGCAGCCCAGUGCCUGGUUCCAUCUGCUGAUCAUAGUUUGGCACGGCAUGAUCUUUCAGUUGCUUGCGUAGAAGAUCCUGUGGUGCUCUCCAAGAUUAGGCAGAAUUUGAGGGAAAAACAUACCCGGCAUAUAGCUGAUCUACGAGCUUAUUAUGAGUCCGAAAUUCUCAGUCUAAAGCAGAAACUAGAAGCGAGCCAAACCUCUCCUUCUGAAGACAUGAAGAAAAUCAGUCAAAAUCUUACAGACAGGUGCGACAAAUUAGAAGCUGCUCUGCAUGAAGCCAACAGCCAUGUGCGAUUCCUUGAAAAUAAAAACAAUGCCUUAGAGAUGGAAGUAACAGAUUGGCAAGAGCGCUUCUGUGCCAUCAACAAUACAACCAAGUCCUUGCAGGAGCGCAUUGAAGAAAUGCGCACGAGUAGCAAGGACAAAGAUAACACAAUCAGUCGCCUCAAGAGAAGACUUAAAGAUCUGGAAGAGGCAUUUGAAAAAGCCUACAAGCUGUCUGAUAACAAAGAUGCCAGAUUAAAGGAAGAAAAUAAAAUGUUUCAAAAUCUUUUGGGAGAAUAUGAAUCCCUUGGGAAGGAGCACGAACAAGUUAAGGAUUCUUUGAAUAUUACUGAGAACAAAUUACUUGAUGCACACACUCAGAUUUCUGAUUUGAAAAGAACAGUCUCAAAACUGGAAACUCAGGUCAAGCAAUUAGAACAUGAAAACUUGCUCAAAUUUCGUCAUCUCGCAGAGGGGCAUGUCGGACCAUCUUAUGCCAGCAAAUUAGUAAGCUCUGAUGUGAGCAGAAGGAAAUGGCUGAUCCCGGGAUCAGAGUUUUCAAUCUUUACUGGUCAGCCUUUGGAAGCCCAAGAGAGUCCCAGUGAUAAUCGACUUGAAAAAGGAUUCAGUUCUAGGCAUCAUUCUCCUCCAGAGAAGGAUUCCUCUCCAAAUUGCCUUCUAACCAAUGAAGCAAUUAAAAAAGAAAUCAAAACCCAAGAAAUUCCCAUCCUAAAAGCCUUUAAAGAAUUUGAAGAAAGGAAGGCUUUGAAAAACCGGGGCACUCAGGCAGAGAAAGAGGAAGAGGAACCAGCAGAGACCAGCAAAGCCGUCGUUCGGCGGCCAGUUGUUGGAUUUGACGAGACAUCCCUGGGUACCAGUCGUUCCCCAGAGAAGAGCAAAGAGCAGCCAAGGCACAAAAAAUUCAACUUGCCCAGCACCCAGAGAUCUUCAUCUCUCCCACCUUCAAACAGGAAGAUAAAUACACCAACAAAGAGAGAGAUCAUGUUGACUCCAGUUGCUGUGACCUACAGCCCCAAACGCUCCCCCAAAGAAAACCUGUCUCCAGGGUUUAGCCACUUUCUCAGCAGAAAUGAAGACACGAUGACGAGGUUUGAUAUCUUUUUGGAUGAUGUAGCAACUGCUCCUGCGUCUGCAUUGCAGUACAGCAACCCACGAAAAAGGCUCCAGUUUUGCUCAGGCUGUGAUACAGAAGGACUACAGCCCAGUCACCCAGAAAACAACAGAGGUGCAAAGUCUUCCUCCUACUCAGAACCUCUGCAUUCCGGAGCCAAAAGGGAUUCAGCAAGGUUGGUCUGUGAAGGGGGGAGCUCUGCCGCCCCCAGUGAGACAGGCCUGUCUUUGGCAGCACCAGCCCCUUACGAGGCCGAAUUGAAGUCCGUUUCAAGGAUUAAGACGUUGGCAGAGACCGAGAGGCUUUUUGACGAGCUCACGCAAGAAAAGCAACAGCUUGAGUCCCAGUUGAGUCGAAUACCUUGUGCUGGAGGAAGAAUGACGCUACAGGCCCGACUGAAUCAGGAAGCUCUAGAAGAUCGCCUGGAAAGAGUGAAUAGAGAAUUGGGUUCCAUCCGCAUGAUUCUGAAGAGAUUCCACAUUUUACGGACCUCCGCAAAUAUUUGAGAUGACCCGACUUUUAGAUAUCCUUUUAUUUGCACUAAAGUACAAUAAUUAUGCACUCUGAAAAUGCAACUGGUUUUGUAUUUUUGUAAGCCCUCUGCAGCCUUUUUGCAAUCAUGUUCUCUUUACACAAGACGAUAUUUUGUACUGAGCCACAUAUUUUCAAAACCUAUUUUUGUUAUACCCGAAGGAAUCAAUCUGUCAGUUUUGUAUUUUGCUACUUUUGAAGAAGCAGUUUUUUUGAAAUAGCAGACCUGAAUUCUUUGUAAGCGUAGAGACACUGAGAGGCAGCUUGUUUUUCAGAAGUUUAUCAUGUUGUGAUUGAUCUGACCGUGCUCACCGUUUUUAGAGCUGGAAGCCAAGUCUAUCUUGUAAAGUAUACACACAGUGCUGAUUUUUUAUUUAUACUAACGGGACACACAGCUUCUUCUUGCGAAGUGAGCUCCAGGCAAACAUUUCUUAGCUUAAAGCUCAGAACAGCAUCUUGUUUCAUAAGCUCCUUUGCUCACUCACAGCACAGUGUUAUCAACAAAUGCACAAGUGUUGAAAAGUCUAUUUAAAUGCCCACCUAAUUGCAUUCCAAGGAGUUAGACAUCAGAAGUUCUCUUUUUAAACAAUUGCUUUUAUUUUGCAUGUUUAUUGUGGAAAUAUUAAUUAAAAUUAA